UUAGUUGAUUAGAUGAUAACCUAUUGACCAUGUGUAGGUGCAUGUACAAUAACCAUCAGGUGAAUACCCGUGUGUGACCGACACUGUCCUCUGUGACGUCAUGGAUGACGUCAUCGCGCACUUUGACCAUGACUAUGUCAUCAAUCAGAAGUGUCCUGCUAGUGUUGUAUACAGUGGUGAUACGAAGAAGAGGCAAAUGACUCGACCCCUAUCGAUCCAACGAUCCGCCCUAGUGAGACACCUUAGAAAAGGAAAUUUACCUAGCUCCAAAUUUCAAUCACGUGAUCUAGAACAGCACGCGUUAAGCGCUGUUGAUGUCGUAACGGAAAAAUCCCCGAAUACGGGAACCACGACCGUUCGCUUCGAAACGUUGCCAAGCAUGUCUACCUCAAACAAAACAACAACCAAUUCACAACGUGUUACCGUUACGUCAUCUACGACAACGAAUCCAACGCUUCCCGGCAACUUGGCUACGCUUUCGUCGUCAGAGUUCGCGCAGAUUCUUAAAAGUUUCAACAUCAGGUUAAAAACCGAUGACUCAGGGCUCGCCGUGCUUAAAACAAACCGAACAACUUCAACCGCCAGUGGGCGGUCUGGAGGCGUAAGCAACCCUCCGGCUCAAACCACCUCGGUUAAAAGUGACUCCGUGUUAAAGCCCCCGAUGGCCGGCUUAGGUAAAACAACGUGGCGAGGGCUUAAGUGGCAUCAUACUAAUUUUAACCACGCUCCAAAACCAAAAGCUGCGACUACACCUAGACGUAGAAGAACUGUUCCAAAGCGUGCCUUGGAUCCGAUGAAACUUGGUCAGGCACGAACUCCUAAGUUCCCGGGGUAUGCCGUGCCGCUUUCACAAGCGUGGGUGGAUCUUGCAAAUCGAGACCUGGCUGCGGAGGAGACCGUUCGGUCAUCCGUGCAGUCUGAAAGUGAGAAACUUCUUCUGGGCGACGAAGACAACAAACAUGAUCCGUUCCUUUCCAACUUUACUGAGCACGAUGAGAAUGCAGAAUCUGUUGUGUUGACAUCACAAUUAAAGCCUUGUCAAACGAGGUCGGAAAGUGACGUCACUUCCGACCAAAGCGAAAUUUCCGACACGUUUUUACGAGUGGACGAUAUUACGCUUGAUGGGGAAUACCUAAGGCCGUCAACGACCCUCGUUUCUGACGUAAACAAGCAAGCACCGGUGAUUGCAUCAGAAAGUCGCACGCAGAGUCACGGCACGGACGAUUCGCCUUUGCUGCGUGCCGGGCUGUUUAGGUGCCGACGUACAACAGCCGAAACGACCCUUGGCACGCCUCAUGCACUUACUGAUGACGUAACGCAUCCCGGCAGUAAAGAAUUGGGAGGAAAUAUGGCGGAAGACGAGUGUAGGUUAAAAAGUGCCGACGAAACGGAUUUUCAAGAAAAAGAGGUAACUGACAAAAUGGCCGAUUACAUUGAAUCGCACCAGCAAUACAAUAGACAAGGUGCUGGAUACAUUCCAAGCACGCAGAGCUGCAGUGAAGCACCGGAGAUAGGAACGUACAGGAUUUUCGAAGAUUUGUUCGGAGAAAACUCCAAACUGAUGGACAUGCAUGAUGUUACUGAUACCAUGCUAAGCAAUUCACUUUCGUUCUUCGCAUCCGACUACGACGUAACCAACUCCAACCAAGCGGUCGCAGUCAACAGAGAAUUUGACCACGCAGCAAGCGAGUCACGAAACGAACUAAGAGGUUUUGAUUUCUGUAACCCGGACGAAGUUUUUGUAAGCUCAAUGCAAACAAUGCCUGAUCAAAAUUGCCACGUAUCGCACCAACAAAUGACGUCACCACAAGUCGACGUAUUUCUUACGUCACCAAAGUCAAUUCCUGCCAGUUACGUCACGUCUGGUUCCCAAGCAACGCUCUCGGACACCGACAGUGGUAUCCAUAGUCCCAGCUCGACCCCUAUGAAAACCUAUCAACAAAACACAUCGUUUGACUUGGAUUCUCACUGGAACAACUACAGCGUCCAAAGAGACGCACAUCCCAGUGAAAUCGGUAGCCCAACAAAUAUUGACCAUGAGAUUUUUUUCAACUCGCCAACACCCAGUUACUCAAGCAGCACGUACUCAACGGAUACAGAUCAAGAAUCACAUUUUAUCAACCUGGACGAUCAAGCUGCUUUUACCAAUGAACCUAUAGGCGGACAGGACUCUUGUCGAAAUGAACAACAGACCAUCCAGACAUGCAAAACAUACCAAUUCUGUGAUAAUUUUGGCCAAAUUGACGCAGGUCCAAUCGUGCUAAGAAAACUAUAUCCAGACGAAGCAGGUCGCUGGACUGCAACCACCGAACCACACAUUUCCAACCAUAGAAGUAACAUUGUCUUCCGGACUUCUCGGAAGAUAAAGAAAGAAACAAGUACCGAGCGUAAACGGAAGAUUACAUCCGACGUUUCGGAUGACAGAUUGGUGAAAGCAAAAAGAAUAUCGGGCAAGAACGUGCACUUGUGGGAAUUUAUUCGGGACAUUCUACUCGACCCCGAACACAGCCCAUCACUGAUAAAAUGGGAGGACCGCCAAUCCGGAGUGUUUAGAUUCAUGCAGAGUGAUGUGGUGGCAUCGAUGUGGGGAGAAAGGAAACGAAAUCCGAAAAUGACUUAUGAAAAAUUAAGCCGAGCAAUGAGGUAUUACUACAACCGUGGUAUACUGGAACGAGUUGACGGAAGAAGACUUGUUUACAAGUUUGGUCCGAAUUCACAUGGCUGGCAACUCUCGGGUAAAAUUAAGCAAACGCCAACAAAUGUUGUGAAGAGUGAACAUGCCGACACGUCAAACGACACGGUAUGCGCAUCACCAAUUGACAGCGAUUCCAUUGCUGUCGUCGUCUCGGGUGAGCAAACCUUCCAAGGCGGGAAUGAAACGACCGAAAUCCCGCAAACUUCCCCCAGCUCCCUUGAUACCUGCAACGCUCUUCCUAACACUUCCAAAUAUACAAACAUUGUAACAUCGUGGCUGCAGAGCACGUCAUCCUCGUGUACGUCAUCACAGAUUACAUCACUGCCGAGCGCAAACGUACUUCUCGGAAACAGCAUUCGAAUUGCCGCCAUACAGGCGCAGUGAACGGACAUUUUUAAAUUGACUUUUUUGUAGCUAUAAGAUAAUGGACAGCCACACACUGUAUACGUCAAAAAUUUGCCGGUGCACGCCAAGCGAGCCAAAUUAUUCUACUUAAAUAAUAUUACACAGACUUUCGGCGGCGGUUUAUAUUUCGAUCACCCAAAAACAGCAUACAUGAUUGACGGUUUGAUAAUAUUGCCCACCAAUACAUUAUCGACCAUGACACCGCAGGUCAAUCCCGUAUAUCAUUCUCACUAGGGAGCCACGAAAUUUCAAUGUCCGUGACAACGGAUUUCAUCGCCUCCACUGUAUAAACUUAGGUAUUUCCAAAAUUUGACCAUUUCUCCUCACUAACUGAGUAUAAGAUCACCAAGAGAGUUGGUGUCUUUAUUUUAUGAAAUUCACUGUAGCCCACACAUUGUGUUAAACGAUGAGCAGUCCUGUUUUGUACGAACUGUUUCAUUAGACUGUGCCACAUGAUUGACAUAUCUACCAAGGAGUCUUUUUAACGAAACUUUUUCUGAUCUGUGCGUUCACUCUGGUGUCUUCCCAGCCCGUUUUUCAUUCAAUGCGUUGUCAGUUUGAUGCCUUACUUAAAUACGCCCGGCUAUUGCGAUUUUGACGCCAAUUGUUUUCUUUUAUUUGCGCCCAUUAAACAGUAGUAUCGUUUCUGUACAUUAAAAAUGGUAAAAAAAAGUA